AUCUGGCAGCUUCUCUGUGACGUCCUUAGUCUGUGGUUUACUACAAACGAGCGUCUGUAGUUUGCAGAUCGUCUAAUUACCAGCUACAAACUCUAAACAUGAAAGGGAUGACCUGGAAAUCGUUGAAAGAACACUACAGCCUGAUUCCCGUGUAUGGCGUCAUUGUGUACGGAGUAACCUUGUCGUCUUUCUGUCUUUUCCGUACAGCUACAAGAAACCCGGAUGUGGCCUGGUCGAAUAAACACGAGGGAACUUCCAAUUUGAAAUGGCCCUGGAACAAACAGGCGAAGUUCUACUCACCGACUACCGACUAUUCCAAGCUGAGUAAACCAAAAGACAUGCCGGAUCUAUAAGCCAAGAUGGUGAAUGAUAGGAAGAAGUUCGCCACACCAGCAUGUACUUACGUUUACAGAAACAUGGCAUGAUUAUAAUAAUGUUUUCAGGCAAAUUCCUUAGCUAUAAGUUUGUUUUGUGUGGGGGCAACCUUUUUUUUUUAAAGAAAAUGAAUCAAUAAAAUAUUGUCAUUCUAGUUAUGUUUUAUUGCCUGCACUAAUAAAGUGACAUUACAAUGCC